AUGGAUGGGGUGAUCUCAACAGCCGUGACUUGUGAGCACACUGAUUGUCAGAAAACAAAGAGGAAGGUGUGUAAGGGAAAAAAAAUCCCGCCGAGGACGCAACGUAGGCACCGCCUUGUCAACGUCGCCAGGCUAAAAAAGGGUUGGAAAGACUCAGUCGCUGAGUAG